UUCGUAUUCUUAUAGCUGCUGCUGUUUCCUGUGAGAGACCAAGCCAUUCUCACCAAGAGUAAGUUUGCAAAUUGGUGAAGCCAUGAAAGCCUGGGCUGGUGCAACGUACGGCUUCCUAGCUCCCCCACAGAGCUCUGAGCCCCACCCUCAUCCGGAUGGAUCCCGAUACAGUGCCUCCUUUCCUGUGAAGUACCUCGGAUCAGGACCAGUGCAGCACUACACCGACUAUGAGGGCUGUCUACAAACGAUGAACAAACUGUUCUCCUCCCACCAGCUGAACAACAAACGGAGACUGAGGAGGAGGUCAAAUGAGGACAAGUGUGAGCUUUUCCUCACUUUCACCCCCAAAAGACUCUUCAUUGUCAAUAAAGACACACAGGUUCUAGAGGAGAUGUGCAAAUUAGAGGCAGUGUAUCUGGUUCACCCCCAUCCCACCAAAGACAGACUAUUCGGAGUGCUCACUGACAACUGGAUGUCUGGCACUCUUCACUGUUCUGCUUAUCUCACCAUUGACAACACAACGGGCAGUGAUGUCCUCUACGGUUUUAGAAAAGCCUGCCGUAUCUGGACAGAUCUCCACCAGCCCUCUGAAGAAACUUCUUCGAGUGAGCCAGCCCCCUCCUCGGCCAUAUCAAGCAUGCCCAGUGGAGAUUACGACAGAUUAGAAGCAAAGACACCACCAGAACUCAGCGUUUCUUACUCUGAUUCCAAUUGCAAGAAGAAACUAAAUCAAGCGAGUACUAACUUAUCUAAACUCACGAAGCUGACUGCUGCACUGAGCGACUUGAGAUCACUCAAUUUAACUGAUGGUGCACAAUCAUCUUUGACGUCAUCACAAUUCACCUCCCAGUCAAGCCAAGACAGUACUGAAUCUAGAAUUGCUGAGUUACAACCCCUUUUGUUUGGCCAAGACAGCACUAUCACUGGAUCAACAAGCUUCGAUUUGGGUGGAGAGAACACAAGUUCAACUGAGUCCAGAACGUUGUCAUUAAGGAGAGUGUCAUUUGCUCCCAGUGUGGUCACUUCAGAGACCACUGUCCCCAGCAAGACUACACUUGGUUCAAAACUCAAAAACAAUAUGCGAAGUAUGGUAGUCGGUAAUCAGAGCACUUCAUCAUCAGGUUAUCCACGGCUUUCCCCUCGCGAGUACCCCCCACCACUAUCACCUGACUCUAGUGCCCAUACAUCACAAAUCCCGCAGUCCCUUCUCAAAGUUGACCCCCCCAGUUGUGCCGACUUGAUAGACUUCAGUGCUAGUGCUGAAUCUUCGCUCAAGACAGUCAAUACAGAGUCUGGAUGUACACUCGGAAGUGAUACCAAUAGCCUGUCACUGUUCCAAACUCUCUCUCAGGAUUCCAUUCAGAACAUAGAAAGACCCACCAGCAUGCCAGCCAUCUUCAUACAAACAGAGCCUGAAAGUAAGACUGAUAGGAGCAAAAAUACUCUUUCACUAAUAAAAUCCCAAUUGGCAGCUCAAGGGCUAUCUGAAAGUACAAUGAGCGACUCUGACUCAUUGAUGAGCGUGAGUUCCACUAGCUCUUCAUGUAUCACCUCGAGUGAUUGCUCUUCAUUGGAACAGUCUUUAUCCAAUCUGAGGGAAAUGGCGGUUGAUACCUCGGCAUUGCAUCGCUCUAUACACCAAAUACCUAGUGACACAAACAGCAAUUGGACUGGCACUAGCGAUUUUUCACUUCCAAUGUCACAAAAUGCCCCCAAACCACUGAACGUUGGAUCCUCCACCAGCACUGUGAGCUCAAGUAUCAUGGACACAUCUACCAAAAAAGCUUCUCCACAGCCUAGACCUUCAUGUGCUCUUGAAACUUCUCCCCCCGGACCAUCUCGUGUGCAAAGUGAGAGUGCAUUGGCCAAACUCUUCAACGAUUACACUACUGAUUCAUCUGAUUCAUUUCUCAGCGAAAUCAUGUUUACAACACUCUUCAAGGAACUAGAAUCAUCCUCAAGUGGUGGACUCAGUUCUUCAGGCUCCAGUGCAAGUGAAGUAACGCUGGCAAAACUAUUUAAAGACUUGGCUAAUCAAACAUCACGAGUAUCUAGCCAAUUCAGUACACUUGGGAGGCUUAUGUGUGGCAGCUCAGACUCAAGCAGUGACACAACCCUUGCAAAAAGGCUCUUCGAGCAAAAAGCAAAGCAGUUGUCAACUACUGUUAGUAGCGAUGCCUCAUCCAACAAGCCCUUCACUAGCGAAUCAUCAUUGGGCACUGAAAAUUCAAGCCUUGAUUUCAUGGCUAGUGCCUCCAGGGAAGGUACAUCGUCAACUACUGUUAGUAGCGAAGCCUCAUCCAACAAGCCCUUCACUAGUAAAUCAUCAUUGGGCACUGAAAAUGCAAGCCGCCUGAAUCUCACAGCUAGUGCCUCCAGGGGAGGUACGUCAUCAACUACUGUUAGUAGCGAGGCCUCAUCCAAGCCCUUCACUAGCGAAUCAUCAUUGGGCACUGAAAGUGCAAGCCUCGACCUCACAGCUAGUAUCUCAAGCGGAGGUACAUUACCAAAUCUUUUCAAGGAGGAUUCCAACUCACUGAAUGCUACUACAUCAAGCGAACCAGCAAUCACAAUGGAGCGUGGCAGCAACACAACUACUACAUCAAAUAUCAGCAGCCAGGGAACUAAUUUCAGGAAAUGGAGUGGUUUUAACUCAAGUCAGUCAUCAUCCCUCACCGAGCCGGAUAUAUCCCUUCCAACAGCUUUGGUAUCCCUGACACGAUCAGCACUGUGUACAUCUUUCACUGUUACAGAAUCCAACGUUAUUGAUUUGCCUUCACUAAUGGAGACACUCAGGCACGUCACCAGUUUGCUGGCUAGUUCACAUGCCAUACUGGAUCUCUCUCUGUCUACACUCAGAGAGAAGCUUGCAUCCCAGCCAUCCGGUGUCUGUGUGUGUACAUGUCAAAAACGAAGCCAGAAGGAAGAGAAAAAAGAUAUUGGUCAGAAUCAAGAGGAUACCAGUUUGAGUCAAUCUGAACCCGUAUUGUUGAAAAGCCAAUAGCCAUAAUCAGAACUGAAUUGGUGUAGCAUAAACAUUGUAUUUAACCAUUCAUUUUGAUCUACAUGUAUUGCUGUACAUGUGUAUUUGAGAUUUUCAUCAAUCAGACUACAAUUUUGAGCUA